AAAACUGAGAAACAGCGACCAGAUAGGUAGAAUAACCACAGUGAAGGAGACCAUAAACAGCAACGCAAAACUCCCAAAAAUCACAACAUGGAGGCUCAACAGUUUUGGCAUCUUUCGGCCAUGUGGACUUGGAUAUUUGUGUUUUUCUUCUCCUCUGUAUACUCAGGAAAGGAAACACCAAAAAUAUCCCUGGAAAGCACAGUCUUUGUGGCCUUGGCAGGCGAUGAACUCAACAUUCAUUGUAAGGUGAGGAUCCCAGCAAACGAAAGUGGCGGCAUCCUGACAUGCUCCGAUCCCUCCCCUGCACAGAUAUACAGCUGUGAAAUCCCUGCCACAAGUGACCAGCCAAAAGACUUGUACCUGACACUGAACCUGAAAAAUCUGACAAGUUCAGGAGAGUACUCUUGCAAAUAUAAAACAUCCGAGGUGUACUGGUUUCUUCGAGUGAGAGACUAUGGCUACCAGGAGCUCCAAAAUUUGGAUUAUACAGAAGUGAUCACAGUCACCGUCUUCACAGGGUUGCUGCUUGUUUUCAGUGUGUUGGGCUCAGUCUAUGUCUUCAGAGGACAUUGGGUAAGAUGUGCCCUUCUCAUGGCCUCCCAGAACUUAAGAAACAGCCAGUUUCAAAGAUUGAACAUUGUUUUGUUACAGACUUAAGCCACAGAGUGAUGAAGGACAUAAAACUGACAGGCAGUGUUGAAGAUAAACCCCAACUUUUUCUUACUCAUUAACUGGUCAACACAAAAUGAAUCAGCCACUAGAUUGUUAAUGAAAUUAGGCCUUACUUAAUUGAUUUUUAAAUGUUGCCUGAUCUAUGAGUAUGUUGUUUUCAUAACUCAAGACUUUCCUGUUAUCCAGAUUAUUAGAGGCAAAGAAUUACACCAAUCAAUUCAUGUAUUUGACAGUUAGUUCUGAAUCCCAUCAUGACACAAGAAUUCUGCACCAAAAGAAAAUCCUCAUGUGUCUUAGUCCAUUUUGGAUUUUUUGUCACAUUCAGAAAGACCACUGCAGAAAACAAAAGCAAAACAGGAGAAAGCAAGAAGAAAAGAAGAAGAAAGAGACAAAGGAAGAUGAUGUGGAUGUAACAGCGCCGUCCACAUCUUUCUAUGCUAGUCUGGAGCCUCGGCCCAGGUCCAUUUAUGAUGUGUUGGAUCGUUCAGCUGCCGGUACAGAGUCAGAGCAGAUCAAAGCUAAACCUAAGACAAAGGAACCUCAAACUCCGGUCAGUAUGAACUUACAGGUUUUUUCACAUUUUCUGUUAUACAGUGUAAAACAUGCAGUGACUCGUCUUCUGUUACCUCCACAGAUGGUGCAAACCAAGCAACCCCAGCACGAAGAUGUGUUUGAGUCUGUCUAUGAGAAUUUUUGAAUCAUAAAUAAACUAGUUUCAGAAGAUUGAGAGGUUAUAUUAGUAGCUGAGAUGAUCUCAGUGUGCUUUUCUGUUCAUUGUCAACUAUUUAUCAGUGGUUAAAAAGGUGUUUAGAUUCUUUAAAAGGAAGAACGAGCAAUGUAAAAAAACAUAUAUUGCUAAUAAUGCUAAUAAAAAAUACAUGUAAAUGUACAAAGUAAAAUAUAAAAAUAUUAUCUGUAAAAGUACUCACUUUGGAGGAAAACGGCAUCUAUCACUGUGUCAUCAUACUGUAUUAUUCUACUGAAGAAUUAUUAGGGAUGCAUUGUUAAAACAACCAGCAUUUUGUAACCAUUUUAAAGGUGUAGCUGGGUGGCAUGAAUCUAACUCCACCCACUUUAUUUACUGCUGGCAGGUUUAAUUUAGCGUAUAAAACGAAUUAGAGAUUGUGAAUCUGAAAAAAUAAAUAAAUAACUAUAGCUUUUAAGUGUAUUGGAGUAAAAGUAUAAAUUGAAAGUUCGAAUUAUACAAAUCACAUUAGUCACUUUUGAUCUCUGGCUGUCACUGACGAAAGAAAAGUAAAUCUGUUCCUGUCGCUUCACAGUCUGAUUUCUAUAUAGAAAACACAAAAUUUCUGCUUUUCUGUGACAUCUGUCCUUAUAUGGGCAUUUCCUUUAUGAUAAUUAACAAGCUUUUUUUUUAAAACAUACGAUGACCAAUGAAAUUGUGUUUUCUUCGAUCUACGAGCUAAUACGAACGCCCACAACAGUUACACUUCCUGGUUUGGUUUGUUGUAUUUUGCUACAUUGAUCAUGGCUGCAGAGGGCGAUUUUCUGGCGAGAUACCGUGCUGUGUCGAAUAAACUGAAAAAACGCUUUCUCCGGAAGCCCAAUGUUGCUGAGGCGAGUGAGCAGUUUGGUCAGUUAGCCAAAGAGCUGAAGCAGCAGGACUGCCUUCAGUAUGCUGCCUUCUGUAAUCUGGCCAUGGCUCGGUGUGAGCAGACUCUUUUUAACGCUCCUGGAGAGGCUCUGGCAUUAACUGAUGCUGCCCGCCUCUUUCUCUCAUCUGAGAAGGAGAACAGAGCGCUGCAGGCCCCAGGCUUUGAUGAGCACCUUCAGGCUGCACUCAACUGCUACAGUUUUGCCAUCAAGGUGUACAUUGAGAUGAACCAGUCUGUAAUGGCAGCCAGUUUGUGCCUUGAACUUGGCAAUGCGCUCAAGGAGAUGAACAGACCAGGAGAGGCUAUUGUUCACUACCAGAGGGCGGCAGAGUUGCAGACACAAACACCAAUUGAAGCUCUGCUGUCAAUGGGAGAAAUGGCCACAUGUAAAAUCCUCACCCGUGACUACGACGGUGCUUUGUCAGUGUUCACGGAGAUGCAGCUCAUGUGCCAGGAAAGAGGGCUGCAGCUACCAGGCACCAGUACCCCUGUUGGUGCAUUUCUGGAUAUUUUGGCAAAAUGCGAAAUCUCCAGAGUACUGCUGCUGAUGUUGCUUGAGCCUCCUCCUCAGAAGCUCUUGCCAGAACAUGCUCAGACCCUGGAGAGAUACGCAUGGGAAUCUUUUGACCCUCACAGCCAAGUGACCUUCCUGCCUGAGAACGUUUUCCUGCUCCUGCAGUCAGUAGUGAUGGCGUGUCAGGAGAAAGACACGGAGUCCCUUAAGUCUCUUCAGACAGAGCUAUGGCCAUUUCUGACUGCUGAGCAAAAUCAUCUUCUCCACCUGGUGGUUCAGGAGCGCAUCACACCAUCUGGACAAGGCAUCUAGUGCCGUCCAGUUUUUACUUCCUCUGGGAACAAUACUUUAUAAAAUGGAACAUUCCUGUAUCUGACUGGGUCUGUUUUAAGACCUGAAGAAGUUUCAGAACAAAGCGUCACACAGAUUUAGAAAUCAGUGAAAAUCCUUUAACAUUUUCAAGUUCUGUGUUUUGUUUUUUUUUUCCCAGGAUGCUAAGUUAAGACUAAAUUUAAAUGAAUUCUUGUGCUCUUACUUGAGGGCUACCAAUUUAUACAUAUUUAUUAUGUGAUAGUGACCGUUUUGGAUUUUGUUGUAUUUACAUUAGUUAAACAGAAACAUGAAGGCUCUGUGAGAUAAUUAGUUUUUAUUAAUAAAUGACAUGGCUUAAAUUCCAAGGCGAUUACAAACAAAACCUUCUGUUGCAUAGUUAUGAAAUAUGGUGAUAUGAAACGCCAUUGUCCUCCGUCCCUGGUUCACUUUAUGUUCACUUGUACAAAUUGCAUGUACUUUUCUUAUGAUAGCAGCCAACUACAGACAAAAAAUAAAACACGGUUAAAACAAAACACUCAAUACAAAAUGUUACAAAAAUAUAAUGGUUACAAUGUACAUAGGUUAAAAACAGGAUACACUAUACUUCAGUUGUAAAAUAAUGAUGGACGAUUAAAACUACAUGUACUGUAAA